AUGGCAAAAACGCAUGGCAAAAACGCAAAUAUGGCAAAAACGCAAAUAUGGCAAAAACGUACAUAUGGGAAAAACGCACAUACGGGAAAAACGCACAUACGGGAAAAACGCACAUGCGGGAAAAACGCACAUGCGGGAAAAACGCACAUAUGGGGAGAACGCUCAUACGGAAAAAACGCACAUAAGGGAAAAACGCACAUAAUGGAAAAACGCACAUACGGAAAAACGCAAAUAUGGAAUAAAUUCAAAUAUGGGAGAAACGCAAAUAUGGGUAAUCGCAAAUAUGGGAAAAAUGCUAAUAUGGGAAAACCGCAGGGAACGCAAAUAUGGGAAAGACGCAAAUAUGGGAAAAGACGCAAAUAUGGGGAAAGACGCAAUUAUGGGGAAAGACGCAAUUAUGGGGAAAGACGCAAUUAUGGGGAAAGACGCAAUUAUGGGUAA